GGGAGGAGGAGCGGCAGGGCGCGCUCGCUUGGUGUUUGCGCCAGGAUGGGGGCCUUAGGGCACAGAGGAAAACUUCACCGGGACUGGCGGUCCUGUUUACAGGCCGGAAAUGCAAGGUCAGCCAUGUCAUCUGAGCCUCCUCCACCGCCGCUGCAGCCCCCCACGCAUCAGACUUCUGUAGGGCUAUUGGAUACCCCUCGCACCCGGGAUCGCUCUCCAUCCCCCCUGCGGGGCAAUGUGGUCCCUAGCCCUCUGCCUACCCGCCGGACAAGGACCUUCUCAGCGACAGUGCGGGCUUCGCAGGGCCCCGUCUACAAAGGAGUCUGUAAAUGCUUCUGCCGGUCCAAGGGCCACGGCUUCAUCACCCCAGCUGAUGGUGGUCCUGACAUCUUCCUGCACAUCUCUGAUGUGGAAGGGGAGUAUGUUCCGGUGGAAGGCGACGAAGUCACCUAUAAGAUGUGCUCUAUCCCACCCAAGAACGAGAAGCUGCAGGCUGUAGAGGUGGUCAUCACCCACCUGGCACCAGGGACCAAGCAUGAGACCUGGUCUGGGCACGUCAUCAGCAACUAGGGACCUGCAAGAACCCCUUCUCCUGGGCUUGAGGGAGACUUUGGGGGAAGGAGGAGCAGGGCCAUCCUGGAUAGAACAUUCUACCAUACAAGAUGGGGCCUCAAGGCGGGCGUGGCCCCUCUCAAGCAUUUCCUGGAGGGAAGGAGUUGCGGGCAGGCAAGGGGUGCUCUCAGCCACCAGUGCAGCCUCCAGCCAUUGCAACAAGCUCUCACUGUCUGAAAAGCAUUAAAAGCAUUUGAAAAGGAGAGGCACCUGCGGAGGCUGAGUGGCGAGGGUGCAGUCCCAGCCCAAGGCACCCGAGUAGGUCAAACGUGCUAUUUUCCCAAAUGCCCCCUCAGAUCAAGCCUGUAAGGACUAUUCCUCAGAUCUACUCGGCCCCCUGAGGGAUGUCACCAGCCCUAUGAAGACUUCCCAUGACCCAAUGCCCUGGUCGGGGAAGCUUCCCAGGGGACUUUGCCUCUUGGUGCCUUUGCAGCAGGUCUGUCUCCACCUUCACCUUCUGGGAAAGACUCUAAUGCUUAGGAUCUCUGCUGUAGCACAGUAACCUGGGACUGGGCACUGGCACCACUCCGGAGAAGGCUGGGCUUUUCCACUUGGCCUCUAGGGAUCAGGCGGCCUCCAUGUGGCAUUAAAAGCCUAUCAUUAAAGUAGUGCUGGGGGUGGCUGUGGGGGUGGGGAAGAGACCUCAGCAGGAAGGCCCAAGAGGGGAGGGUGGUGCUUUAUUUAAAAACAGAAUCCAGGCUAGUGGUGCAUGCCUGUAAUCUCUGCACUUGGCAGGUUGAAACAGCAUUCUAGGCCAGCCUAGGCUACAAUCUGUUAAAACAAGGGCUGGGGAUAUAGCUCAGUGGUGAUGAGUGCUUUACUUAGCCCAGCGUGUGAAGGAGUCUCCGUUCCACUGCUAGCAUAAACCCUAGGAUGUUGACACUGACCCACUGAAGAAAGGCAGCUUCCUUUCUGAUGGCCUUGUAAGGAUAGGUGUUGAAGGAGAAAUCAAAGGUAUAUUCUCUAAGACAUGCCUAAGGAUCUUUUCCCUUCUUCCCCAGUGCUUGGGGAGCCCAGAGCCCUGGAAAUGCCAACAGCACAGAGCUAUGACGAAGCCUCGGCCUGCUUUCUUUUUUGGUGUGUGUAGAGUUGGGGUUUGGGGAAGACAGGCUCCUGCUGUAUAGCCCAGGCUGGCCCCAAGCUCUUAGCACCUUUCAUGCCUUGGCUUCCUAUUUGCUGGGGUCACAGGUGUGCCUUCACUCCCUGAUGCUUUCUUUUUUAAUAGCUCAGACUUCCACAGAGCCCUGUUUUGCCCCUGCCUGCAACACUGGAGAGCUGUGUUUCAAAUGAAUUGAUCCCUAGACUUUUUGGUGGUUGGCUUUAGUUAUGAUUCAAAAAUAGAAGUAGUUGGGAAAUGGGUUUUGAAAUGUAGCUGAGAGCUCACGUGUCAGAACAGGGACGCCCAUUCUACAGUGGUGACUGCCUUGAGGGCUGUCCCCCAUCCUAAAGGUACAAAGGUUGUGGCUUUCAGACAUAGGGUAAAGUGUUUAAAAAUGAGUUGGGUCCCCAGAAAAAGCUAAGAUGCAGUGGUGCACACUUAGGUAGUCCCAGAACUGGGCAGGCUGAGCCACAAUGCCUAGGGUUGGCCAUCUAGCCAGCCUAGCUUAUUUGGCGAGUUUGAGGUCAGAGAACCUAUUUUUGUCUUUUUAAAAAAGUGCCUAGCACCUAAGAAACAAACAAAAACGUGUUGUCUUCUGGUUUCUACAUGCAUGAGAACACAAAAAAAUAUGUGGAUACACUUGUUAGGGUCUUGUGCAGCGGACUCCAGUACCACCCAGCUGACCAUCUUUGUUGUUGAGCUGCCGAUGGUCAUUUUUCUACUUGGUCAAACAUGGCCUUUUCCCCACACCAGGCUUGGUUUACUGCCCAGAGGCUCUCUUGAGGCCAAGGAACAGAAGUCUAGACCCAUGCUUGCCAUGACCUAGGAAGGCGGCUCCCUGAGACCGACAACCUUCUGAUACCCCAUUGUUCCUAGUGGCCAAUACAGCUUUGCUUUCACUCUGGUAUGGUUAGACUUUGGGCAGCACAUGGUUGACCUGCUAGUGAGCCCUGUCCCCCACUGAGCUGGCAGACUGGCCUCUGAAUUCUUCUGCCCCACAGAACCCUUUGUAAAGGGCUUUUCUUGUAUGGUCACUUCAGCCUGUAGACUUAUCCCGGAACUGCAAGGUGUUGGGAAAGACCCCUGUGAUCAGAGAGUGUCAACUUAUAGAUAAGGAGGGACCCCAGCAUCCAGUGCUGGAGACUGAUAGACUCCCAAAGCUAGAUGUUUGAGCCCAUAAGCCAACUCUUUCUCAAUAAAGUUUGUUUUGUGCAAGAUGA